AUGAAAAGUAACAUUGUACUAAUUGGUUCUGGAGGUGUUGGCACCAUUGCAGCUUAUGGGCUAGAGUUGGGAGGUAAAGCUUCCGUCACUGCGGUGGUUAGGUCUGAUUAUAAUGUUGUGGUGAACAAAGGAUACAAAAUUGACUCAUGUGAUUAUGGCCAUGUUGAGUCGUUUAAACCUACUAAUGUAGUUGAUAGCGUUGAAAAAGCUGUGGAAUAUGGUCCUUUUGAGUAUAUUUUGGUCACCACGAAAAAUCUCCCUGACAUUUUCAAAGUGGAAGAUUUGGUAGCACCACUUGUUUCCGAAACUUCCACCAUAGUUUUGCUUCAAAAUGGAGUUGAUAUUGGUGCUGACGUUAUCAAGAGGUAUCCGAAAAAUGUUGUUUUGAGUGGAGUUAGUAUGAUUUCGUCUACAAACCACAAUGGUUUCAUUCAUCACGAGGGUAAGGAUUCGUUGAAAAUUGGCUAUUUUAUAAACGAAAAUUUGAGUAUUGAAUCUCAAAAAAAUGCCAGUGAAAGGUUUGUGUCAAUAUACCUGAAUGGAAAGAAUGAAUGCACCUACGAUGAAGAUGUCAAGUACACCAGAUGGCGCAAGUUGGUAUAUAAUGCUACCCUCAAUUCAAUUUGUACCUUGACUGGAGUCGAUGUGGGAAGACUCGAACUUUUUGGAGGAGUUGAUUCCAUGGUCAGAAGCGCCAUGAGAGAAGUGUUGGCAAUUGCAAAAUCUGAUGGGGUUGAUCUUCCAGAAGACAUUAUGGAUUUUAUGAUUCGUUCAGACGACGGGAUCUAUUAUUCUCCUUCCAUGUUGGUUGACCUUCGUAAGGGAAACUAUAUCGAGUCAGAAGUCAUCUGUGGAAAUGCCGUUAGAACUGCGAAAAGGAACAAUGUUUCUUGCCCCAAUUUAGAAUUGAUUUAUAACCUCCUUUGCGUUAUUCAGAUGAAAACCAAGGAGGCCAAGGGUCUUGUGACGGUGCCGAAGGAACGACCAAUCCCACAGAAUGGAGAGUGUUCAUAA